UAUAUAUAUAUAUUUUAAAAAAAGCUCUCUCCCCUUUAUUCCCUUCCGUCGCUGCAGCUGAAAAGGCUCGGGGGUCGGUUUUUCUUCUUUCUUUUCCUUUUUUCGGACUAUUUUCACCCAGGAGACGUGCCACCAGCAGCAGCAGCGGCUGAAGCAGGAGCUGCGGGAGAGGAAUAUCUCACACAUCCCCAGCCCGGGCACGUCGGAUCAGCCGCAGCAGGCAGAGCACGAGGCGAGCGUUGCAGAGGACGGGGAGGAGAAGAUGCUCCGCGGGAUUACACGCCGCUCACCCUGCCUGGCUGGCAAUUUGGGCUUGUUAUGAGGCUGACCGGAAGGAGAAAGUGACAGAGGAACAGUGAUGCUACUGUUUACAUAACAAGAGACUCACACACACGCACGCACGCGCACACACAUUCGCAAGCAUGGAUGCACGACACACAUAGACAAACAAACAUGCACGCGGGCUCAAAUUGCCAGUCCAGGAUGUUAAACACUUCUACACAUUCAUACACUGACAGUCGUGUUUUCAAGAGACUCACUGAUUGAGUCACCGCACUCUCAGAGGCACGGAAUCACUGACUCACACACGCUCACAGACAGACGCACACACACAAGGGAAAAAAGGUUGCUUCCAAGGGACAGGACUAAGUGUCGUGUGUGUUAUGGGCCAAGCUGAGCAGCAGCUGUGCGUGAGUGUUGGAUACCUCUGAGAGGUCGGCUGUGACCCUCAACCCGCCUUCAGUACCUGCCCCCGUCCACUUCCAUCUAUCAUCUCCCAGCUAAACACACCAUCAUGACUGAAUUAAGGACCAGCAGAAUUUGCGCCCCGCCAUCCCUCUCCCCCUCCCUCGGAUAUCCAUCACUUCUCAUUCUCCUCUGCCUCGCUGUAUCCCUCCAACCGACCCCCUCGGUGGCCCAGCAGACUGUGCCUGUCAUUUCCACGGCACAGGGUCGCAUCCGGGGCAUCUUGACUCCCCUACCCUCAGAUCUUCUUGGACCUGUCAUCCAGUACCUGGGAGUACCGUACGCCAGGCCUCCGACAGGAGAUCGGCGCUUCCAGGCUCCCGAGCCGCCUCUUCCGUGGCCGGGAAUCCGUAACGUGACGCAGUUUGCUCCCGUGUGCCCCCAGUCGCUGGAUGAGAGGAGUAUUCUGGGGGACAUGAUGCCAUCCUGGCUCACUGCAAACCUGGACAUAGCGGCGACUUACCUCACUCACCAAAGUGAGGAUUGUCUCUACCUCAACAUCUAUGUGCCCACUGAAGAAGACAUCCAUGAGGAGGGGGGGCAGCGUCCGGUGAUGGUCUAUGUCCAUGGGGGCUCGUAUACAGAAGGUACUGGUAACAUGAUGGAUGGCAGCGUGCUAGCAAGCUAUGGCAACGUGAUCGUCAUAACCCUCAACUACCGUCUCGGAGUAUUAGGAUUUCUUAGUACAGGUGAUCAGGCAGCAAAAGGAAACUAUGGAUUGCUGGAUCAGAUCCAGGCUCUGCGCUGGGUCAAAGAGAACAUUGCUGCUUUUGGUGGAGACCCAAACAGGGUCACAGUGUUUGGAUCCGGUGCUGGAGCAUCCUGUGUGAGUCUUCUCACCCUGUCCCACUACUCUGAGGACCUAUUCCACAGAGCCAUAAUCCAGAGUGGCAGUGCGUUAGCGAGCUGGGCCGUCAACUAUCAGCCCAGCAAGUACGCGCGGCAGCUCGGGGAAAGGGUGGGCUGCGGCAUUGACGACAGCACUCAACUAGUCGCGUGCCUCCAGGGCCGGAGUUAUCGCGAACUUGUGGAGCAAAACAUCACACCGGCCAAGUAUCAUACGGCUUUUGCCCCCGUGAUUGAUGGUGAUGUCAUUCCCGAUGACCCCCAGAUUCUGAUGGAGCAGGGAGAGUUUCUGAACUAUGAUGUGAUGCUGGGGGUUAACCAGGGUGAGGGCGUGAAGUUUGUGGAGGGCAUCGUGGACUCAGAGGAUGGUGUCACCGCUGAGGACUUUGACUUCGCGGUGUCAGACUUUGUGGAUAGUUUGUAUGGAUACCCAGAAGGCCGAGAUACACUGAGAGAAAGCAUAAGGUUCAUGUACACGGACUGGGCAGAUCGUGACAAUGCAGAAACCCGCCGGAAGACGCUGGUAGCACUUUUUACAGACCACCAGUGGGUGGCACCAGCAAUCGCCACAGCGGACCUCCAUGCCCAGUAUGGGUCUCCCACCUACUUCUAUUCGUUUUACCACCACUGCCAGAGCGAUGCUACGCCGCCCUGGGCUGAUUCUGCUCAUGGUGAUGAGGUGCCCUACGUGUUUGGUGUGCCCAUGGUGGGUCCCACUGAUCUCUUCAACUGUAACUUUUCCAAGAACGACGUGAUGCUGAGCGCAGUAGUCAUGACUUACUGGACCAACUUUGCCAAGACUGGUGAUCCAAACCAGCCAGUUCCUCAAGACACCAAGUUCAUUCACACAAAACCGAAUCGCUUUGAGGAGGUUGCCUGGUCUAAAUAUACCCCCAAGGAGCAGCUUUACCUCCACAUCGGCCUAAAGCCUCGCAUCAGAGACCACUACCGCGCCACCAAGAUUUCCUUCUGGCUCCAGCUGGUCCCACACUUGCAUCACGUCAAUGAGCUCCUUCAGUCGGUGUCCUCCUUCACCCACAGCCCCUCUCCACAGGACGACACGCCUUACUCCUACACCAAGCGUCUCUCCAAAGGUUGGCCUCCCAGCAGCACCCGCCACCCCGGUUCACAGGGAGGGACUCCACCGCCCCCGGAGCCUGCUUUAGGCCAGGAUGGCGAGGAAACCGGGGUUCGCGUCCCAAAUGAGGACUAUUCCACCGAACUCUCGGUGACCAUCGCAGUGGGAGCGUCGCUGCUGUUCCUGAACAUCCUCGCCUUCGCCGCUCUGCUGUACAAGAAAGACAAAAGGCGCCUGGAGCAUCGUAGGCCACGUCCGCUUCCUCCCCCGAGACGAGACAUCACGCCUGCAGACGUCGCCGCCCACCUGCAGGGAGAGGGGCUCAUGUCUUUACAGGUGAAGCAGCUGGAGUGUGAUGUUGCCUCUGCAGAUGAGAGGAACAGUAUUCACCACCACCACACUCUGGACACCCUCGAUGCUCUGGAUGGUUUGGAUACCCAAGACAUCUAUAGCACACUGGAUACCGUGCGCCUCACCUGCCCGCCUGAUUACACCCUAACUUUGCGGCGCUCACCGGAUGACGUUCCCCUCAUGACCUCUCUGACCCCGGGUUCGCUGCCCGUCACCCCGGGGUCACACCCUGUUACUCCCGCAACCCCAAUGACCCCAAUGACACCAGGAUCAGUGGUCGGGAUGAGAAUGGGGCAUCCUCACCAGGGAUACACACACCAUAGCCCGUAUAGUAACACACAUUUGCCACAUACGCAUAUUUCCACACACACACACUCAACUACACGUGUAUAACCGCAGCCAGACACUCGCACAUACAGGGACACAGUUCCAGCUCACACUCAUUCUAACACACACACACACACACACAUAUAGACUCCUUCAGAUACACCCACAGACACAAACAGACUGAUAUACCUCUACCAGUUACCCUGCAGGAUUGUUACAGAAGGAACAAUUGACAUUUUUCAGUAACAGGAUGGAAAGACAAACAGCUGUGUGUUGCAUGUUGGGAAUCUUCAGGCCAAUUGGAUUUCUGGAGAUGCAGUUCUGUGCAUCAUUUGCUCGUAACCUGAGCCAAGAUGUCCAUCACAAUGUCUCAGAACCUGUUUUGGAUUUUAAAUCUGCUUUUUGUACACCUGAGGGCAAGGUGAGGUGCGCUGUGACAACAAGGGUCAGCUAUGGAUCACUUGACCGCGCGUUAGCCGCACCGUGCAGCCGCGUUGAGUGAGCAGAGCAGAUUAGAGAUGUCGAAUUGAAAAAAGAAGUACCACACACAGACUGCUGAUGUCAACUUGAACAACCUGUGAAAUGUGAAUGUAGCAUUUUCUUUACCGUAAAAAGAUCGAAGGCCCUAUCUGCCAAGGAUCAAACUAAUAACAAGUUUCAGCAAGCAAUGGAUGUAAAAACAGACAGAGAGGAAGACGAGGAUUAAAAAGACUAUAGUAGAUGAAGAAAGUUUUAGUCUGAUGGUGGGGAAGAGAUUAAAAAUAUCCCUGAGUGGGAUUUAACACAACCGAGGCAAGGACAAACUAAGAACCAUAGAGUGAUAUGAAAAACAUCAACAUGGAAAGUAAACCAAGAAACAGAAGAUAGGUUCAGAAGAGGAUAAGGCCUCUGAAAUGUUGUCAGACUUACUGAAGAGUCACUCUAACCAGCUAUGUGUUCAACUCUUGUAUAUAGAAUGGAAAGAUACAGAUGAUAUAUUAUGAUUUAUAGCAUUUACCUGCUCUUGCAUUAAAACAUGACUUAUUUAACCACAUUAUUGCUUUCAUUUCAAAUAAUGAUAUAUUAUUGUAUAGAUGUCCUAAAGCAAGGCUGGUUGUCUUUUUAUCUCACCCACUGUAAUAUGUACACAGUACCUUUAUUUAAAGGCUAUAUUUGCUAUGCACAGUCAUUUCAAGGAUUCCUAACUUUGUGAGCAUUUAGAUACUUGUUUAGUAGUUGAGGUAAACAAAGGUUUUCACUCCAUCCUGUCUAUUUUUGGACCCUGGGUCAAUGAGCUAGUACUGUGUAGAUAAUGCAAUAUUGGUUUGAUGAUUGAGCACCAGCCAAAACCCUCAAUCCCUUUGAACCUUUAACCCCUUGUACCUGAGCUCUUUUCUGAAUACCCUUCCUUUAACAACCCCGAUAAUGUCUCUGCAUUCGCUCUGAUGGACAAACUGACAAAUGGACAGACAGAUGUGGUGGUGAUUCAGGGGGUCGUAAAUUACAGCAUGUCUCAUAAAAUGUUCCUCUUACCUUUAUUGUUUACACUUUAUGAGGGGCCCCAGUGUUUUAGGUAGAGCCACUGAUUGAACUGCCUAAUGCUGACCGACUCCCUGUUCUUCUCAAAAGGAAACAAUGAUGCAACCUUAAAACUAAAGGUUGCAUAUGGAAUUAUGGAAUAAAGUGGUCAAAAUUAUUAAGAGAAACAUUUGAUUUAAUUUCUGUGACCAGAUUUUGCAGCUAAUCUGUUCAAAGAGUUGGACUCUGAAUGAAGUCCUUGGCUUUUCUUGUUAAUUAGCUCCAAAAGGCUAAAAAUUUAAAAGUCUUCAAAUCCACCACAUGGAGCUUUUUAUGUUCACAUUUCAAAAGAAGUUAAAGUUAUUGAUGAGAGCCCCACCACCAUCUUGUGGAUACAAUGAUUGUGGAGGUUUUCCUCCUGACUUCACUGUGAGUGUCACAGGGUCUUGGUUGUUACUGCUUUGUGUCAAUAGGAAUAGAUAUCAAGCAUUUGAAAAAUAUAUACAAAACAAAAAUUCUAAUUGCAAACUGGAUACAUUCCUUUAAGAAAACUCAAAUUGUCAACAGUUCAGUAACUCAACCAAAGGCCCUAACAUUUGUAUUGCUUCAUUCCUCAUUUAUGCUCCUCUUCCUAUCCCCUUUUCUGUCCGUUAUCUCUGCCCUUUCCCCCUCCAGCCUAAUCUGUGUGACUACAUGCAGCUUUGUCGCAGUAAGGCCUAUUUAAUCUCCUCUCAUCCUAAGUAACUUCUUCAUGAAAGAUUUUCAGUUGAUUGUUAACAGAAUAUGUGAAAAUGAAAGCUGAAACUUCUGUGGAUGGCAAGCUAAGAAAUUUACAAAAUGAUUCAAAAAUAACAUGUAGGGGAUGUUUGACAGAAUUCUUUUUUCUUAUGGGUUUAGCAACUCAGCAGAUGGCUGAAUUGUGACAAGCAUAAAACAUUUCUGCUGCAUUUUUGAA